ACCGCCCCCGCGAGGCCCCCGCCGCCGCCGCCGCCCAGCGCCCCGCCGGCCAGAGCCUGUGGACGUUUUCCCCUUGCGGCCUGCUGCUGGCCGGGCCGCCAUGCCGCUCUACGAGGGCCUGGGCAGCGGCGGCGAGAAGACAGCGGUCGUGAUCGACUUGGGAGAGGCCUUCACCAAAUGUGGAUUUGCUGGAGAAACAGGUCCAAGAUGUAUAAUUCCUAGUGUGAUAAAGAAAGCUGGACUGCCUAAGCCUAUCAAGGUUGUUCAGUAUAAUAUCAAUACAGAAGAGUUAUAUUCUUACCUAAAGGAAUUCAUCCACAUACUAUAUUUCAGGCAUCUGUUGGUGAACCCCAGAGACCGCCGAGUUGUGGUUAUCGAGUCAGUAUUGUGCCCUUCCCACUUCAGAGAGACUCUCACUCGUGUUCUGUUCAAAUAUUUUGAGGUUCCAUCUGUCUUGCUUGCUCCAAGUCAUCUCAUGGCUCUUCUGACACUUGGAAUUAAUUCUGCCAUGGUCCUGGAUUGUGGAUAUAGGGAAAGCCUGGUGUUGCCUAUAUAUGAAGGAAUCCCAGUACUAAAUUGUUGGGGGGCUCUCCCCCUAGGAGGAAAAGCUCUGCACAAAGAGUUGGAAACUCAGCUGUUGGAACAGUGUACUGUGGACACCGGUGCUGCCAAAGAACAGAGCCUUCCCUCGGUGAUGGGUUCAGUUCCAGAAGGUAUCUUAGAGGACAUUAAAGUGCGUACUUGCUUUGUAAGUGAUCUGAAGCGAGGACUCAAAAUCCAGGCAGCAAAAUUUAAUAUUGAUGGGAAUGAUGAACGUCCCUCACCACCCCCAAAUGUCGACUAUCCAUUAGAUGGGGAAAAGAUUUUACAUGUCCUGGGAUCAAUCAGAGAUUCAGUUGUGGAAAUUCUCUUUGAACAAGAUAAUGAAGAGAAAUCAGUUGCCACAUUAAUAUUGGAUUCCCUUCUGCAGUGCCCAAUAGACACCAGGAAGCAACUUGCCGAGAACUUGGUAGUCAUAGGUGGCACGUCUAUGCUGCCAGGAUUUCUGCACAGGUUGCUUGCAGAAAUAAGGUACUUGGUAGAAAAACCAAAGUACCAAAAAGCACUUGGCACCAAGACAUUCCGCAUUCAUACUCCACCUGCAAAGGCUAAUUGUGUGGCCUGGUUGGGAGGGGCUAUUUUUGGAGCGCUGCAAGAUAUACUUGGGAGUCGUUCAGUUUCAAAGGAAUAUUAUAAUCAGACAGGCCGUAUCCCCGAUUGGUGCUCCCUCAAUAAUCCGCCUUUGGAAAUGAUGUUUGACGUCGGAAAAGCUCAGCCACCUCUGAUGAAGAGAGCAUUUUCCACGGAGAAGUAAAAGUUUGGUUAAGUACAAUUUUGUCUCACUUCACAGUUACAAGCAAACUGUACAAAGUAUGUAGGGUGUUUCUACUUUAAACAACUUUAGUGGAAGUAGAAGCUUCUCUGUAUUUAUUCACCUUAAUGUGUAAUUCAUUUGACUUUGCUUCUCAUGUAUUUGUAUCAGUAAAAUAAAGUUAAAACAGUUUA